AUGGAUUUAUCUCGCGUGGAAGAGGUCUCCUCAAAAAUCCAUCUGAUUUACCACCGGAACAAAAACCAGCAUGGCCCGGCGGCCUGGUGGAGAUGGCUAUCAAUGCUGCGACGCACCUUGCUCAAGCUUCUGGCAACCACGCAACAGGAGAAACAGGUUCAAAUUUCGAAAUAUUUGCAUGCUUUUAUUAUUCCUAGAUGCUAUGUCGCGUUUUCUACUGUUGUCGCCGAGGGACAAUUCUCUACGCUCGGCUCUGUCCUUAUCGCGGCUCUUGCUCAGGCGAGGGAUGCCACGUCUCUGGGGGUAGACCAGAUAGCGGACUCGUCUAAUGACGUCCUAAUAGACCAAAAAGCCAACGAGAGUUACGCAGGCGAUCUAGGCGUACGCAUUGGCCGCCCGACUGAUCGCCCAACUGAGACGCCUGUUGAGGUAAAACAAAAGAAAACAAGCAAACCACUGCUCGCAGCGCCUGUGCCUCGUCAGGAGUCAUCCAUACCCAAGCCGAAGAAAUCAAAAAGUAAAGCAAAGAAAGCCAAAUCUGCUAAUGCUAUUGACGAUAUUUUCAACUUUAUUGAUUGA